AUGGGGCUUUUUUUCCCCCCAGCCAAGGCGGAAAGUGGCGGAACUCUGGGCGGUUUUGCCGGAGGGGGAGGGGUUGGCGGAGCAUUGGGCGGAGCGGAUGGGGGGGUGGGCGGAAGGUUUGAGAUAGUGGGGGAGCUGACAGGGGGGCUGGCGGCGGUGGUGUGGGCGCCAGACGAGGAGGAGGUGGCGGUGGUAACUGGGGCAGGGCGAUUGCUCACCAUGACCAGCGACUGGCAGGUGCUGAUGGAAGUGCCUCUGGAGCAACGCGAGCCACACGCUACAGCUGCUGAGGGGCUCUCAGCCAACCAGCAGCUGCCACCUGGCACGUACGGCCCAGGUGAGGUGUCGCUGAGCUGGCGCGGGGAUGGAAAGUUCUUCGUAUACCACCGCUGCAACUACAAGUGGUACUUGAAGCAUGAGCGCCGCACCAACAAGACCCACCCCAACCUAUCUCCACCUUCUCUCCGCCUCCUACCUUCUUUCCUCUGGCACCCCGAAUCCCCCUCCUCCGCCCUCGCCUUCUCCCCCCUCGGGAUCAUCUCGGCCGUUGAUUUCAUCUGGACGGCUGGCGCUCUCGCACCCGGCAAUCCCACCGUUGCUGUGAUCGACGGCCAGGAUUUGAGGAUCUCGUCGCUGCUGCUGCACGGGGGGAAUGGGGGCGCUGGGGGAGGGGGGAAUGGUGGGGGCGGGGGGGGAAGGGGGGGGUUGCUUCCCCCCCCAUAUUGCCAUAAGGUAGAGACGUUUCCUGCUGCUGUGGUGGCGGUGGCGGGUGCUGAGCUGGCAGGUGGUGGUGUGGCGGGGUUUGAUUGGUGGGAGGAGAACAGCAAUGCGGUUGGAGUUGAGAGUGGUACGGAGGGAUGUGGAGCAGUCCAAAAGGGUAAGAAGGGUGGAGUUGAGAUAGUGGGAGCAGUGCUUUCGAAUGGUGAUGUCGGGGUGGUGGUGAGACCAGAGGGGUGUGAAUGGGUGGAUGAGGAUGAGGAGGAAGAGGAUGAAGAGGAAGAGGAAGGGGAAGGAGAGGAAGAGGAGUAUGAUGGCGAGGGGGAUUUUCCGCAGAUCAAACGUUUUAUAGCUACUCUAGACAGCAACAACAGCAGCACUGCUAUCAGCAGCACCACCACUAACAGCACCAGCGCCACCGGAACCGUCGUCACCAUCACACGGGGCGACAUUGCUCGCAUGCAUCACGCUGCGUGGCUCUCCCCCAACCGCCUGGUGGGAGUCAUUGCCGCCACACCCAAGGAUGGCGGAAACUUAGAGCAGGGUGCAUCCGGGCAGGCACUAUCUGAGCCGGCUGGUUCUGUUGACUCGGUUGACUUUGCUGACCUGGUGUUGGAGCUUGAGUUGUGUCGAGAGAAGGGGGGAGGAGAGGGGAGUGUGGAGGGGGUGAUGCAGAGAGCAGUGAUGAGUGUGGUGGGGAUGGUGGGUCUGAAACAGAAGGUUGUGGGCGCUUCUGUUGCGCUCCCAGGUGCACUCCCAGGCAGGGUGUCGGAGGAGGGGACGAGGGCGGGAGUGGGCGGGCCGGCCGGCAGCAGAAAAGGACAAAAGGGGAAGGCGCCGUCAUCAUUGCUGUCUUGUCCUUUGUGGGAAGGGGGAGCGGUGCUGGUGGCAGGGCUUGGGCGGCUGAGAGUGGGAGGAGAGGAGGUGGAGGAAGAGAGGGAGGGAGAGGGGGAGGGGGAUGAAGAGGGGGAGGGGGAGCCAGCAGUGGUUCUCCAGGCGACACGUGGCAGUCUGGAAUCGGUCUACCACCGCGCGCUCGUGCUCCGGGCGGCGGGGCUGCUGCUGAGUCAGCGCCGCUUCCGGGCGGCUGCUGAGCUGGCGCGCCGGCACAGGCUGGACCCUAACGUGCUUGUGGAUUUCGGUGGGUGGAAAUCCUUUGCUGGAGUGGGCGUGGCGACUACUGGGGCACAGAGUGAAAUGGGCGUUAGUGGAGAGCAGAGAGAGCAGAGUGAAGCGGCCUCUACUGAUUUGCAUCUGGGUAUGGUGAGCAGUGGAGCGAGGGAGUUUGUGCGGCAGGUGGGGGAGAGGGGCCUGCGGCAUGUGAGUGAGGUGAUCUAUGGUCUGAGAGAGGAGGAUGUGGCGGUGAGAGGAGGGCUGUAUGCUAUCGCCUCUCAUCCCUCCCUCUCAUCCUCCUCCUCUUCCCCUUCCUCCCCUUCCUCCUUGCCGGAUUCCUCGUCUGUUUCCCUCGCUGCGUCUUCCACACCUACCCUUGCUUCGGUCCGAACCUCCAUUCUCAACCAAUGGGCAGAGCACCUCUUUUCCCGAGCCUCCGAGGCUUCGCUUCCCGAAGCUGCGCUGCUCUUCACCGCAGCUAACAACUUGCCUCGGGCGCUCCAGGCCUACCGCCAAGCUGGGCAGUGGCGCAAGGCUCUUACCACAGCAGCCAGGCUCGGACUCCCCGAGCCUGAGGUUCGGAAACUCGCGCAGGAGCUUCGGGAGGAGCUGGUAGAGGUUGGGAGGAGGGCCGAAGCCGGGCGGCUGGCGAUUGAGUACGAGGGGGAUUUGGGCUGCGGCAUUCGUCUUUUAGUGGAGGCGCAUUGCUGGGAGCAGGCAGCAGAGGAGGCGGGGAGGUGUGGACAGGUGGCGCUUCUUGAUUCGCUGAUUGUUCCAGCAGCAGUGGAUGCAGCAAGGGGCAUGCUAACAGACAUGGAUGAAACACAGGGGAAAAUCACAGCCUAUGUUCGCCGGUUCGGUGCAGUGCGGUGCAAAAGGGUGCAGAUGGAGGAGAAGCUGAGGGCCGAGAGGGAGCAGAGGGAGGAGGUGGAGAGGCAGAGGAGGAGGGAGGAGUAUGGGGAGGAGUAUGGAGGAGGGGGCAUGGGGAUGGAUGAGGCAUCAGAAACGGCAUCUAUGGCAUCGAGUGAUGUGGGGAGCAUGGCUAGUGGCGUCACUGGCUUGAGUGCCUAUACUGCAGGCUCUUCCUCCCGAGUGAGCACAGCCAGUGGGUGGACUGCCACCAGCAAGAAGACGAGCGGCAGGGCGGCCAGGAGAAAACAACAGAAGGCCGACAAGGGGAGGAGGAUCCGCGCUGGCAGUCCUGACGAGGAGCAAGCAUUGGUCGAGCACAUUCGGAUGCUCGGUCCUUCCUCCCAAACCUUGGAGGAGGUUCGGCAUCUGCUGGAGCUGCUGACAGGCUCGGGGCAUGAGCCUUUGGCUCGGCGGCUACAGGCGCGGGUGGGAGCUUUGAUUGACACUCAUACGGCAGCUGUUGCGGAGGUUGAAGCAGCUGUUAAAGAGGAUAGAAUGAAGGCAGCAGCAGGAGUUGAAGGGGUUGUGCAUUCUAAUGCUGCUAGCGAUGCAACAUCGGGAGUGGGUUUGGCUUCUGCUACAAAGCAAGACGUGAAAUGGAAGUGGGAGGUCUUAGAGGGCAUUUAA